AUGAUUUCCCGCCAGAUUGAGACCCUGUUACAACGGUCAAAAACCACUAGUCAUCUUCUUCAACUGCAAUCUCUCAGCAUCAAAACGGCUCUAGAUCAUCAAGAACACUUCUUUUCUAGACUUAUACUUGCCUCGUCUUUAAUAUCACUACAAAUUUCAAGAGAAAUCUUUGACAAAUCACCGAUUACACCAUCACGUUUUGCUUGGAAUACACUGAUUAAAGGGUAUUCAAAGAGCUCAAUACCGUUAGAGUCGGUAAAAAUGUUCGUUGAUCUUCAAAGAAUCGGGAUAAAACCCGAUAAAUAUACAUACCCUUUUGUGCUCAAAGCUUGCGGGCGUUUCUCAAUGGUUGGACUAGGUGGGACUCUGCAUUCAAUGGUGUUGAAAAUGGGUUUUGAUUGGGAUUUACAUAUAUGCAAUACACUGCUCAGAAUGUAUGGAGGGCUUCAUCUGAUUGCGUAUUCGAGGCAAGUGUUUGAUGAAAUAUCUCACAGAGAUGUGGUUUCUUGGAGUUCUAUGAUUGCUUCUUAUGUUAAUUGUAACUGUCCUGUAAAUGCUAUAACUGUUUUCCAAGACAUGAUCAUACAACAUGAGAAGCCAAACUCCAUCACUUUGGUUAGCCUGCUUGCUGCAUGUACUCGUCUCCUCAAUGUCAAGCUUGGAGAAUCCAUUCAUUCCCACAUUCUAACUAACGGUGUUGGAUUGAAUGUUGAACUGGGAACUGCUCUUCUUGAGAUGUAUGCAAAAUGUGGUCACAUGCUGGAAGCGUUCCUUAUUUUUGAUUCAACAAGUCAUAAAAAUUUGCAGUCUUGGACUGUCAUGAUUUCUAGCCUUGCAGAUAAUGGCUUUGGGGAAGAAGCUAUGUCAUUGUUUUCAAAAAUGGAAGAAGCUGGCCUGCAGCCUGAUAGUAAGUCAUUUUCUGCAGUUCUUUCUGCAUGUAGUCACAUGGGUCUUGUUGAUGAGGGAAAAGAUUAUUUUGAUAAAAUGGUAAAGGUUCAUAACAUCAGGCCAACCAUGGAACAUUAUGGUUGCUUGGUGGACAUGUUUGGUCGUGCUGGAAAGAUCGAAGAAGCUUAUCAUGUUAUAAAGAGCAUGCCUAUGGAGCCUAAUUCUAUUGUAUUGAGGAGCUUCAUCAGUUCAUGCAGAUAUCAUGGCCGUAUUGUUUGUGAAGAAAAACAUCUUAAGCAACUUCUUCUUAAAAUAGAGCCUGAUGUUGGAGCAAAUUAUGUGCUUGCUGGGAGUAUGUGCUCUCUUUCUGGCUAUUGGAGUGACACUAAUGACCUUAGAGUUUCCAUGAAUGAAAAAGGUUUAAAGAAGGUUCCAGGGAGCAGUUGGGUGCAGCUGUCUAGUGCCUAAUCCCGGGAAACUGGUGAAAAGGCCAUAAGUUCCUUUUCUGGUUCAGAUGGCUUGAGACUUGCUUUCUGAAGAGCUGAUGAACAAUUUGCUAGUUCAAAAGGCCAUUAGUUUUCUUGGUAAUAAUGAUGUUAAGAGGAAGCUCUCUGCUUCUGCAAUCAAAUGAUCUUUGUUUGCUGGUAGGAUUCUUGGAGUCUAAACUAAUUUUUGGAAGAGAUGACACAUGGUUUGAGUUGCAAAGCUUUUAUGACAUGAAUUACCUUCAUGCAGGAAUGCUUCUGGGCAAUUUGAGGUUGUUGUGGUUGUAGUUGGUGUAGUAUGGAAUACCUAUUUAUGAGAUACACAGAAGUUUAGAGUCUAGCUAGCAAUUGAUUACAUGGUCUCUUGAUUCUUCUAUUGCAGUGGGUUUCAUUGGAGCACCGAAUUAUGCAGAAGUUUUGCUCUUGCAGUUAAAUGGCUUGAAAAUGGGACUUUCAUUAAUUGUUUAUGUGCAUAAAAUUGCUCAGUAUCCAAUUGCUGAACCAAUUAAGUUGUAACAGACUGCAAGGGAAUCAUGUCUGUAAUUUCAUGUGAAACAAUUACAACAGACAAGAAACCACGGGUUUCCGCCUGAGCACGGAAGAAAAGUGAAAGAUUCUCGAUCUUCAUGCAAAAUAUGAGAUGAUAUUUUCCUUUAGGGCCAAAUUUCAGUAGUACAAGCUUCAGCUUUGUUUGGCAGUGGUGUGCAGUUAGUUGUUUAUGCCUAUUGCUACCUUGUCUUCUGCUCUCUACUGCAUAAGAGUUUUUCAGAAUUAGUUUGUUAAGGUGGCAGAUGAAGUAAAAGUUGCAGCAGGCAACAAUAUCAUGCUGAAAGCUGCAUGCUAGCACGAGUAUAUGAAUUGCGAAGAUGAUUAAAGAACAAUGAGAUUAUUUGUUAGAAAAUGCUCCCAAUUCCAGAGGAUCCACUACUAAGAGAAGUUAAGGAAGAGGAAAUGCCUUUGUUUGGAAAUCACAGAAGUACUUUCAGGUUGCAGAGCUCCUAUUCCUUCUAAUCUUGCAGUUCUGGCUUUCCUGGUUUUUUAUCUAGGUCAUAUAAUUGUUGUAGGUGAGCAUCAAUUACGGGAGGCUACGCUCUAGCAAUCUAGAGAAUACAUAAUUUAUGCAUGCCAGGGUGUGAUUAGCAAAUUGAGUUUAUUCUUCCUGUUGGUUCUCUAAGGUUAUGAACCUUUUUUUUCAGGAUUUUGCUAGAGCAGUAAACAGUUUUAAGUCACAACUAAAAUAUCUAGAGAUGAAAUAUUGUGGCUUUCAUGAGAUGCUCAUCUGACCUAUUGUUGGUCCUGAUAUCUAAUCAAGCUGACCUCUGUAACGGCAUCCCUGAUGAAUGUGUCCGGUGAAAUGUGGAAAUACAAUUUUUUUU